CAUCUGAUUCAAACUGCUUUGCAUGGCGUACAAAUAUUCCUUAGUUAUUGUCUUAUGCUAAUCUUCAUGACUUACAACAUUUGGUUGUGCACGUCUGUCGUUGUCGGCGCCAUUUUUGGUUAUUUUUUAUUUUCAUGGAAAAGACAUAAAUGUAGCAACUGUGUUCCUACAGCUAAUAUUACCACAAGUGAUCACUGCCAUUGA